ACCCUCAAGACCCCCUUGAUAUUUCCAUCGAUAGCUCGACGCUAGUACCAGCCGUGACCAUAGUUUCUCUCUCGAUCUCCUGCUCUGUUGCUCUCGCUCUUGGGAAAAGAUGGCGAUCUCCUCCAUUCGCUUCUCCGUCCUCGCUCUGACGUUCGGAUUACUCGCGGCGGCUUCCUUCGCCCAGGCGCCCGGAGCAGCCCCUACGAGACCCCCCACCGCCGCCCCAACGAGGCCUCCCACGGCCGCCCCCGUUAGCCCUCCGACCCCAACACCCUCCCCCGUCUCCCCGUCACCGGUUCCCGCCAGCAGUCCCCCGACCUCCACCCCGAUACCCUCCCCCGCUCCGGGCGCUUCCCCUCCGGCCCCUCCGACCGCCGCCACCCCCUCGAGGUCUCCCGCCGGCUCCCCGCCCAGCACCAUCGCCUCCCCGUCGUCCCAGCCCCCCUCCGCCCCCGGGGCUGACAACGCCGCCGCGGUGCCCGUCGUCAGCUGGAUCGCGGUCGCCGCCGCGGUCGCCGUUGCUUGCGCGUUCUAGAUCCGUGCGAUCUCUCUGGCGCUUUCUUCACCGUUGAUUGUUGAUCAUGUGACCAUACUAUUAUAUUGUUUGUCUCCUCUUUUAUUCUUUUUUUUUUUUAAUUUUUUGGCACGCAUAGACAUGUGACCGAUUCAGCUGAGAGUAGUGUGAUGCUCGUUGUACCUUCUUUUAUUAUUAUCAGUUUUAGUGAUUCUUUCUAUUUUUUUUUUACCAUUACA